AUGCAUGUCCUGUCGAUUCUAUUUGUCCUGGUUUCAACCGCUUCGGUUACGUGUAUCGCUACCACGACACAUGCCGAUGUUACGAAGGUUAAGCUGGAUGCAGAACGUUUGCCUCGCCAUUUCUCUUCUGACUAUCAGCUUAUCAAACGAUCUCUGCGUCGACAUGAUCUCGACGAGGUGGCUGAAAUUCUUCCCAAGCAUGAAGAGAGAGGGGGUCUCGAAAAGAUGGACGAUGCGAUAGCGAAAGUCGACGACGCAGUAGGGAUGACGGGGAAAAUUAACGACGUAAUGGGGAAGACAGGGAAACUAGCGUUGGCAGCGAAAUGGCAAACCACACUAAAGAUGGUGACCGAGCGUGCAGGACUCGUGAAACAACUCUCGGAGAAGUAUUCGAUGGCCGACGAGCUGAGCCUCAGGACACUGAGGGAGUUGGCGAAUGUUGAUAAACAGAGGGCGAUAAGUCCCGGCACGUUCAACAAGAAUACUGGCGGCGGUAUGCGCAAGUAUAUUGAGCCCUUUCCUGGCAUAAAAAUUGCUCCCAAAAAGUAUUUGGAAGCGCAUGUAGGACGUGGGGAGCAGGUCUACGUCAACGGUAAGGAUCGGGUGCUGACCGCCGCUGUGAUCGGUAAUGGGGAUGACGUCCUCCUCAUUUCAAGCUCGAAAAAGCCAAACGAUUGGGUUAUUCCGAAAGGAGGCUUGGACAAGGGUGAGAAGGUUCAGCAUGCCGCCUUGCGUGAGGUUAUUGAGGAAGCAGGGCACGUCUAA